CUCCACUCUCAUGACUGUCCUUGGGCGCCUCAAAACGGGUAUAUAUGGAUCUGCAGUCCCUGUCGUGUCACUCUACAGACAAGAUGUCUCUCCUUCACCAGCUCAUCAUUGCCUCCCUCGCUGCCUUCGUGGCUGCCCAGUGCCCCGGGGAUUUCUUCGAGUCCGGGGGCCGAUGCUAUUCCGUGAUCGACGCGCCCGGAGUCAACAUGACGUGGGACGAGUGCCGUACGGCAUGCCAGGCGAAGGACGGCGCCGAACUGUCCACCGACCUCGCCACGUUUGAAACCGCUGAGGAGCUGGAAGUCUUCGCCAUCACUUGGCUUGAGGAGUCUCAGAACUACCCUAAGGACCCGAACAUGUGGAUCGGUGCUGAGAAGGUGGACGGAAACUGGCAGACGAUUGAUGGCCUCCCAGUGACCCACCAGAACGUGAUGUGGCAAGAGAGUCACCCUCACGACAUGGGCGCGAAGGUGUUCCUGCAGGAUAUCACAAUUGCCAACGGCAUUAACUCCUUCGGCAGACUCUACUACCACUGUUCCAUGGGCUUAUACGAGCACCACAGCCGAUGCCUCUGCCGCGCCAAGUAGAGGAGCGAAGGAUGGUUUGAGAGAUGUUCUGUUAUGACCCAUCUUUAAUUUUCUUUUCUUCAAUCUUAUUAUCAGCAUCUUCGUCUUUUCCUCCCCUGUAUUUCUCAAGUUCAUAUGACUGAUAUAAAUUCUUUUUCGUUUUUUUCGUUUUUUCUUUUCUUUUCCUAAUUCUUCUUUUCUCCGUUCUCUUCUCUUUUUUUUUUCUUCCAUGUUUUUUGCCAACUUGCCUAAAAAUUAAUGUUCUAUAUACUUUACAGUAAUGUGCUUUCGCUCCGUACUGUGCAAUCACAUGCCAAUCAUUUUGUACGAUGAAAAUAAAAAUUUGAAGGGGACGUAACGCACCAUUCUUUUUUCAUCAAAACACAUUCACACAUUAACGAAAGUGCAAAUAUCACCAUACUAUGAUGUUUAUAACUUAACACAUUAUUUUCACAUCCAACUGUUUGUAGACGUUUAACAUACUUGAUAACUAAAGUUACUGAACCACAGCGACUUCGAGCGGACAAUAGGAAUUUCUUAUGUUACCCGUCAAAAAAUACACCACAGAAAACUG